GAUUCUCGUUGUUACCGAAAUGUUUUGCUGAGCAGUCCUUAACAUUUUGCUCAUUAAAAUGAACAAUAUCAGUAAUGGAAAUGGCGUUCCAGCCACAGAUGAUGCACCAAGUGUUUCAAGUAAUACGGUCGAAUGGGUGGAAAUCGUCGAACCGCAAACAAAACAGCAUAUGUAUGCGAAUUUGGUUACGGGACAAUGUUCUUGGGAACCACCACCGGGUGCUUCAGUUAAACGCACACACGAGAACCAGUGGUGGGAGCUGUUUGAUUCGAAGACGGGUCGUUACUAUUAUUACAACGCAGCUUCCAUGAAAACUAUCUGGCAACGACCGAUGGGCGCGGAGGUGGACAUCAUUCCGCUUGCGAAGCUACAAACAUUGAAAGAGAAUACGGAAAGUGCUGAACACGCUAGGGUGAGGCGCACUUGUGAGACUCAAACAUCACCUGCUAUCCGUCGAGUGGGAGGUGGAUCUCGACGAGUCAUAGCCCAAAAUAUCGGUCCAGAGACUGGUAUAAUCAUGACAAGGACGGCUAGCCGAUCGUCUAACGGUACCAUGAAUGGCAUGCAGCAGUCCUUUGAUUGGAUGUCAUUAGACGAUCAGAGCGACACACUUUCAAUAGGUGAACGAUGCGACUAUCGCGACUAUAAUAAUAGGGAUUUUGGUAGAUCUCCACGACAGUUUCCUCCUUUUCCCACUAUGGGUACUACAUCAACGAUGUCUACUGCUCCUUCGGCGGACUCUAUUCCGCCACGAUCGUCUCGAUCUUCAAGUCCACCGACUCAAAAACGGCAGCUCUUCUCAACGAAUACGGGUCCGAAAAAAUCCACCAAUACAGGAGGAUGGGCUAAAGAAGCCCCUAAACAGCCACUAUCUGCUCCGGAUAACAAGCAGCUGAAGAAAGACUCACCAACGAUCUUCAAGCUCAUUCAAGGAUAUAUGGGAGAUCGGAAGAGUAAAACGCCGAUUGACCAGCUAGCGCUAAGCCUUUGUGAGCUUGGUCUGUCGAAGCAGGAAUGUGCGGAUGAGGCGAUAGCUCAGCUUAUGCAACAGCUCACCGAUAAUGAACGACCUGAUAGUGUCAGACGUGGUUGGGAGCUUUUGGCAAUAUUUUUGAGCUUUGUAGUGCCGUCAGAGAAACAAGCAGCUUUGUUAUCGGAGUUUAUUGACAGGAACUCUGAGAAGCUUUUUGAUAGGCCUGAAGUCGCUGUGUCCCAUUUCGCUCAGCAAUGCGCGAAGCGCAUGUCAAAAUCGCAACCUCGGAUGAAGCCAACGCUUGCAGGUGUACAAGAAGCUAGGGUCCACAUAUUCAAUCCACCACAAUUUUCUGCUUCGCUCUUUGAGUUGAUGGAGAUGCAGGCUGAACGAUUUCCUGAGCGACGAUUACCUUGGAUUGAAACUACUCUCAUUGAGCUUCUUUAUGGAUCAGGGGCAACGAGGACCGAGGGACUGUUCAGAGUACCUGCUGAUCCGGAUCAACUAAUGACAGCUAAAGCCCGAUUGGAUAUGUUUGUUCCACCUGUAGUACAUGACCCACACGUACCAGCCGGAUUAUUGAAAUUGUGGCUGCGCCAACUUCCCGAACCUCUCAUUCCGCAUGCAUUUUAUCAGCGUGCCCUCGCUGCAUCAGAGAAUCCCGUUGAAGUUACACGACUGGUGCAGGUGUUACCCACUACAAAUCAAUUAGUACUGGGAAAACUUAUCUCCUUUCUGCAGGAUCUUUCACGUGAAGAAGUCGUUGCUCACACCAAAAUGGAUGUCUCUAAUCUUGCUAUGGUGAUGGCCCCCAAUGUGCUCAGGUGUGAAAGCGAAGAUCCACGUGUGAUUUUUGAGAACACUCGACGUGAAAUGACCUUCCUAAAAACCUUGAUAACUAGUUACGAUACCUCCUUCAUGCAGGGGAUCAUCUAGUCUUUGCUUGCUUCUCGUCCAGCUUUUUUUUCCUAGUGAAUGCUUUCCUGAAAAAUUGUCAAUUUUCUUACCUCCUUCGUGUAAUUCGGCUCACCGAGGUUUUUUUUGCCAUUCCCUCCAUUUGUAGAGCUUUGAGAGCUUAAAUCUGUAAUGCUUUCCUAUUUUUGGCAUUCAUUGUCAUCCUGAAUCGAGUCACAUUCAUCUCCUAACGUUUGCCAUUGUUAUCGGUUCAUCGACAUCCCAUUUAGUGUCGUCGUGUAUGUGAACUCUAACGUGUAGCCCAUAUUAGGAUGUAUAGGUCAGUGUACCAAUUUUGCUCCAUUGUUUUGUAGGGUCAGUAUUAGUGCAUAUUUUUUGUUUGAUAUUAUGGCCUAGUCGUGUAUUUCUUGUUGAGCAUGGCAGAUUAUCCCAAAGAUUUGUAUUCUUUUUUUUUCUCCUUAGGAGUCUAAUUUUUGGUUAUCAUAAAUUUUCUCACUUUUUCUUAUUCCCAGAAGUGCUACCGCUAUUGCCCUGAGAAGAAUAUCUAACCAAAAACCCUG